ACAACGCGCACGCGCGAAUUCCUAACGUCAACUGGUGUUUGUUGGUAUUCGUCUGCCAAUAGGGUGUCGCAAACAGAACAAGUUGACAAGACGUCAUCCGAGAGAAGCGGCCAUCCGCACGAUCCCGUCUCAAAAGUCCUAAUUCGAUUCUCGACAUCAUGUGUGGCACACUGAACGGCUGGGGUUACCUCUGGGUUUUCGUCUCGAUCGCCUUUGCCGUCGGCACGAGCAUGUCCUUCUUCUACACCGCCUGGCUCACCGGCCCGGCGCUCGUCAACGGCACAAAUGACGCGAGCAAACUCAAGUAUUUCUCCGACUACGUCGACUGGAACAAAUACAAAGACGUCGAGUUCUCGUUCUCGACGUUCCGUCGCUGCAACUACUGGUCGGUGGCGGAAAGCAAGACGAAAGUGUUUACCGUCAAUAAUUACAGUGUCGUCGAGGAGUGCGGACGCUAUCGGGAUUUCUCCGGGCCGUUGGGCAUUCCGUCGGUGUCUUGGCAAGUGUGCACUCUGAUGGCUGGGUCUGCGACAGCGGUGCUCAUUCUGGUUGCGUUGGUGGGAUUGUUGGCCGUGUGCGUGAACGGCGUGUUCGGCAACCGAUGCAUCGCCGUCUGCACGGCGCUGGUGCAGUUCGCGUGCGGUCUUGCUCUGGUUGGUACAGUGCUACUCUUUCCCGUUGGUUGGGAUGCCGAGCGACUUCGUAUGGAGGCGUGUGGAUGGGAUGCUGGCAAGUAUCAGAUUGGUAGGUGCUCUCUCGGAUGGUGCUACUACGUCACACUUUGCUGUGCAAUCGGUGUUAUGGUGACCGCCAUCAUUUCACCAGCCAAAUGCGGAGAGAGCAGCGACGACGACGAUCCUCUUCCUGCUUACAUGAUAUGAUGGAAUGAGAGACAUUAAUUAAUUAAGUUAAAGCUGGACUUUGUUGGUAGGUUUGAAGGCAGACUAUUUGUAUGGCGAGGUAUUUGUAUUGUAUGGUGUGUGUGUGUGUGUGUGUGUGUGUGUGUGUGUGUGUGUGUGCGCGCGCGCGCGCGCUGCUGCUGCUGUUGCUGAUGUUGGUAAGAAGUGGCGGCGAUUUGGUUUUUGCAUUUAUAUAGUGUAAGCAUCUUUUAGCAUAUGAGUAUAAGUAUGAGUGUGGAUUAUGGUAUUGUAGUGAUAUUUUAGUGAGAUUUCUUUACUAGUGAGAGACACUUUUGAGUUGAGGACGUCAACUGCUAUGUGUAUGGUCGAAGUGUUUUGCAAUACAUUGUUACUUAUCAGAUUACAUUGACAUUGAAUUUGUUGCAAUGUUGAGGUGCAUUUUGCUAUAAGGAAUUAGUGAUGUCUUUAGGUGUAGUACAGAACUGUACUGCUACUGUUUGCCUUGAGCUCUUUUAAUCCGGGUAAUCUCUUUCAAUGUCAGGUCCCGGAUGAUAUGGACUAAAUCGUACUACUACUGUAGAGAGAUUCACUCAGGAGGACAGUAUAACGAGGUUAACCGUGUAGCAACGUUGGUUUCAAUACAUGGUCUACGUUACACUACACGCGUGUCUGGCAUGUCUAGAAUUCGUAAAUAAUCCAUACACACUUAGUACAAAUUGCGCUACGCGCAGUUACGCCGCUUCAUCAAUCAUGAAACGAAUGAUAAGCGCCUGUAAAUACAAAUGUGCCGCAACAGUCUUUCCACACCGUGACAGUUAAUGUGUUAAUGCCCGGAUGUUGAGAUGAAAUCACUUGUGAUUGCUGUCGACGUCGGCACUACUAACGUCAGAGCACACGUUGUUGACAAACAGGGCUAUGUAGUAGGAAAAGCUUCUGAAAAGCUAAUUGUUGAGCAACCGAAGCCUGGAUGGGCCGAAAUCGACCAUGAAAAAUUGUGGUGUCAGUUCCAGACGGUAGUGAAAGACUCGAUAAAAGAUGCCGGAAUUCAGGCGCACGAUGUUGCAGCUCUCGGAAUAACAACACAGAGGAAUACGUUCAUCACGUGGAACAAACGAACUGGAAAGCCUUUGCACAACUUUAUUUGUUGGUAUGAUUUACGUUGUGCUGACUUAUGCAGACAAUGGAACAACAGCUAUAGAAUGAAGGGUCUCAACUUUGUUAGUGGCGCUCUUCAUUUGGUGACACGAAGCAAAAGAUUUCUUGCCGGUCGUGUCAUUGAAUUCUAUCCAAAGAUGGUGACUAUGCGUUAUGUGUGGGUUUUACAAAAUAUUUAUGAGGUGGCCAUGUUGGCUGCUGAAGGUUUAUUGUUGUUUGGAACAAUUGACACUUGGUUGCUAUGGAAGUUAUCAAAAGGUACCCUGCAUGCUACAGACUACUCCAAUGCAAGCAGCACAGGCAUGUUUGACCCAUAUACGCUGAAAUGGAACUCGUUUAUCAUGGGUAUGGUUGGUGUCCCCAUUGACACUCUACCAAACGUCAGAGACACAUAUGGUGAAUUCUGCACGUGCCCACCGGAAUUAUUUGGUUCUCCAAUUCCUGUGACUGCCGUAGUUGCUGAUCAACAGAGUGCGAUGUUUGCUCAGUGUUGCUGGUCGCCAGGAGAUGUGAAAAUCACGUUAGGGACAGGGAUGUUCUUUGAUGUGAAUACUGGAGAUAGAGCUCAUGCAUCUCUCACUGGUUUCUUACCUCUUAUUGGAUGGAAGGUUGGGACUGAGCUCGUCUAUUUAGCUGAAGGACAAUCAUCUGAUUCAGGCAUUACCCUUGAAUGGGGACAAAGAGCAGGGCUGUACUCAUCUCCUGCCGAGACUGCAGCUGUUGCUCAGUCUGUUGAAGAUUCAGGUGGAAUUUGUGUUUUUCCAGCUUUUAAUGGGUUUUUAGUUCCUAUCAAUGACUCUAAGGCAUGUGGAGCUAUCAUGGGUUUGACUCUGACUACUUCUAGAGAACAGAUAUGUCGGGCAUUUCUUGAAUCAAUAGCAUAUAGAACUCAUCAGCUAUACUCAACAGCACAACGGGAAACGCAAUGUAAUUCGCUCAUGAUCAAAGUCGACGGAGGAGUGAGCAACAACAACUUUAUUGUUCAGCUCAUAUCUGACCUCAUUGGUGUGAAAAUACAACGAUCACAUCAAAUUGACAUGACAGUCUUAGGAGCUGCCUACAUGGCUGGACUGGCAUCAGGUGUGUGGGCAUCACGUGACGAAGUGCAGAAUUUGCAGCAAAUUGAAUGUGUUUUUCAACCGCGGGAGCUAUCCAGAUCACAACUGAUGUCUCAAAGACGAUGGUUAGCUGCUUUACCUAGGUGUUUAAAUUGGUAUAGCUAAUAAAGAAGUGACAGGAGAAAUCAGUUACAUAACUACAUUUUUUGUGUGAAAAACGCUAAACACAUAAAUAAAGUCAAUGUAAUGUGGUAUUGUUAGCUUUCUCAUUUCUUCUGAUGCUGUUGAACCCGUUUUUCUACACAAAAUUUGUUUUGUUUAAGGUUGA